GGAGAUAAGGUAGCCCCUUCCCCAGCCUGAAUGGGGAAGCCUAGUUCAAUGGAUACAAAAUACAAGGACGACUUAUUUCGGAAGUAUGUGCAAUUCCACGAGGGCAAAGUGGACGCCCCCUCCAGCAAGCAGCGGCCAGGCAGCGAUGAGUACCUACGGGUGGCAGCCUCGACCCUGCUCAGCCUGCACAAGGUCGACCCCUUUUAUCGAUUCCGGCUGAUCCAAUUCUACGAGGUGGUGGAGCGCGCCCUGCGUUCUCUGGGCUCCGCCAGCCUGCGGGCCUUGCACUGCGCCUUCAGCCUGCUGGAGACUGUAGGUGUCAACCUCUUCCUCUACCCGUGGAAAAAGGAGUUCAGGAGCAUCAAGACCUACACAGGCCCAUUCGUUUAUCACGUCAAGUCGACCUUGCUGGAAGAGGACAUCCGGGCCAUCCUAAAUUACAUGGGCUACGUGCCUGAGCUGGGGACUUCAUACAAGCUCGCGGACGUGGUGGAGACGCUGCAGGUGAAAAUGGUCUCCUUUGAGCUUUUUCUGGCCAAGGUGGAGUGUGAGCAGAUGCUGGAAAUCCACUCACAAGUGAAGGACAAGGGCUACUCAGAACUGGACGUCGUGACUGAGCGCAAGACCAGCACCGAGGAUGUGCGUGGUUGCGCGGAUGCCCUACGGUGGCGGGCUGAGGGCAGGGAGCACCUGACCACCUCGAUGGCCAGGGUGGCACUCCAGAAGUCUGCGAGUGAGCGGGCGGCCAAGGACUACUACAAACCCCGCGUGACCAAACCCUCGAGAUCAGUGGACACCUACGACAGCCCCUGGGAGAGCAGGAAGCCACCUCUGAAGGCCUCGUUGAGCCUGCGGAAAGAGCCUGUGGUGGCCGACGACCUCAAGGAUGAGAUCAUCCGCCCAUCCCCCUCACUCCUGACCAUGUCCAGCUCCCCACACGGCAGCCCAGACGACCUGCCGCCCUCCUCCCCCAGCAACGGCCUUGGCCUGCUGCGCAGCACGUACUUCUCCACUCAGGACGACGUGGACUUGUACACUGACUCGGAGCCCAGGGCUACGUACCGUCGGCAGGAUGCCUUGCGGCCAGAUGUGUGGCUGGUCCGAAACGAUGCCCACCCCCUCUACCACAAGCGCACACCCCCCGCCAAAGAGUCCGCCCUCUCCAAGUGCCAAAACUGUGGCCUGUCGUGCAGCUCCUCCCUGUGCCAGCGCUGCGACAGCCUGCUUGCCUGUCCCCCAGCCUCCAAGCCUAGCGCCAUCCCCAGCAAGCCCUCCGCCCACGACAGCCUGGCCCACGGGGCAGCUCUGCGGGAGAAAUAUACGGGCCAGACUCAGGGCCUUGAUCGCUUACCACACCUCCACUCCAAGGCCAAGCCCUCCGCCUCAGCCACCUCUCGCUGUGGCUUCUGUAACCGCCCGGGUGCCACCAACACCUGCACCCAGUGUUCCAAGGUCUCCUGCGACACCUGCCUCAGCGCCUACCAUUACGACCCCUGCUGCAAAAAGAGUGAGCUGCACAAGUUCAUGCCCAACAACCAGCUGAACUACAAGUCCACCCAGUUCUCCCAUCUCGUGUACAGAUAG